GGCGUGGAGACCGGACGCUGACACCGAGACACUUGAAUUAGCUUUAGCGGAAGAGAAAAUGGAGGAACCAUAGAACAUUAAGGAUGAAUUCAGGAAGACCCGAGACCAUGGAGAACUUGCCUGCUCUCUACACUAUUUUCCAAGGAGAGGUUGCUAUGGUGACAGACUAUGGAGCCUUUAUCAAAAUCCCAGGCUGUCGGAAGCAAGGUCUGGUCCAUCGAACUCACAUGGCAUCCUGUGGCGUGGUUAAGCUCUCUGAGAUGGUAGAUGUCAGAAACAAAGUGUGGGUGAAGCUUAUUGGACGAGACAUGAAAAACGAUAGGAUCAAAAUAUCCCUCUCCAUGAAAGUUGUCAACCAAGGGACUGGGAAGGACCCUGACCCCAACAACGUUAUCAGUGAGCAAGAAGAGAGGCGGAGGCGGUCCUUCCAGGGUGACACUGGGCAGAAGAUCGCCCUCGAGGCUGUCCUGAACACUACCUGCAAGAAGUGUGGCUGUAAAGGCCACUUUGCAAAGGAUUAUUUCAUGCAACCAGGUGGGACCAAGUACUCUAUGAUACCUGAUGAGGAAGAGGAGAAGGAAGAGGCAGAGGCAGCAGAGUUUGAAAAGCCUGACCCCACGAGAAAUUCUUCUAGAAAAAGAAAGAAGGAAAAGAAGAAAAAGAAACAUAGAGACAGGAAGUCAUCUGACUCGGACAGCUCAGACUCUGAGAGUGAUACAGGCAAGAGGGCAAGGCACACGUCAAAAGACAGCAAGGCAGCAAAGAAGAAGAAAAAGAAGAAGAAGCACAAGGAGUGAGAGUGGAAAGAGUGGAGGGGGUGGUGGAGAGAAGGAACC